AUACAUUUCAGACUUUCUUUAAUUAAUUGGUCCUCAGGCCAUGAGUAAAACCAUGUCUUCUCUAGGCGAUUGGACUCACUUUUACCAGCAAAAUGUUCCAGGUUCCGCCCAAACGAUCCCUCCAGGCCGAUCCUCUUCAGGAGUUAAUCCCGCUUCCGACUGUAUGAUCACUUCCGUCGCCACCACCACUCUCACUCCAUCGUCAGCUUCAGCUUCCUCUGGGUCAAAUCUUCGAAACCUCAGCCCCGACGGCCGAGUCUCCAAGCCUUUACGGAGACGUUCCAGGGCCUCUCGGAGAACCCCAACAACAUUAUUCAACACGGACACCACAAAUUUCCGGGCCAUGGUGCAACAAUUCACAGGCGGUCCGACGGUACCUUUCGGGUCAGGGCCGCACCCUGGAGGUCCAUCAGGAUUCAGUUUUGUCUUUGGAGGAGGUCGUCAGGUUCAGAGUAAUCACUCUGGAAAUGUUACGGCGCCUCCAGGUUAUCAUUUACAGUUUCAGGCUCAGGCUCAGACUCAAGGGCAGCGGUACCAGCUGCAACCAAAUCAGGGCGGCGGGUACAUGAUUUCUCCGGGGGGUAGUAACAUUCCAGGGCCUGGAGGAGAUGGUCUUUUUCAAAGAUUAGGAGGCAACUCGAGGCCGAACAUGGAGAACUCAGGCGAGUUUGUGAUAGAAAAUGUGAACAGUAAUGUUUCUUCUUCACGAGUAGGUGAAAAUCCAAAUUCUGGAAGGCCUGGUUCCAAUCAGAACAGUGGUAACAGUUUUACGUUUUAAGAGGGACUGAAAGAAGAAAGUUAGGCACCGACUUGUGUAAAUAUAUAUAUUUUUUAUUACACGAUAGUCAAUUAGCCACAGUUAUCUAAUUGGAGCAAUUAUUUAAGGUUUUUAAUAUGUUUUCUGGCUGUUUGUUCUGAAAAAAAAAAAAAAAAGCCAUGUGCCUUUCUUGGGCCUCAAUCUAUUAAUAUAUUCUCACCAAUUGGGUUUUCAUUUUA